CGCAACGCGAACAAACCUAACCUAAUCGCCGUGACUACGGAUUGCCGAGUCGGUUGAUUUUCGCCUAUUCACGUCGCGAUAGACGUGUAAACAAUUUUUCACAUUUCGAGUCUUGCCGUUUGCAUAUCUUCUCUGAAAAAUGAGUUCGAUAGGCACAGGAUAUGAUCUCUCCGCUUCGCAAUUUUCACCGGACGGACGUGUGUUUCAAGUGGAGUACGCUCAGAAAGCCGUAGAAAACGGAGGGACAGUUAUUGGUUUACGGGGCAAAGACGGCGUAGUGUUCGCCGUUGAGAAGAUAGUAACAUCCAAACUCUACGAGCCAGGUGCUAACAAACGCAUACUCAACAUAGAUCAGCACGUUGGUAUGGCAGUGUCCGGUAUAAUAUCGGACGCAAGACAGAUUGCGGAGACGGCAAGGGGAGAAGCCUCAAGUUACAAGGCACAAUAUGGAGUCGGUAUUCCUCUGAAAUAUCUCAAUGAGAGAGUUUCUAUGUACAUGCACGCGUAUACCUUGUACUCUGCUGUGCGUCCAUACGGUUGCUCUGUUUUACUCGGCGCUUAUGAGACUGAUGGUCCAGCAAUGUAUAUGAUAGACCCGUCAGGGGUGUCGUAUGGUUAUUACGGUUGCGCAGUAGGUAAAGCGAAACAAUCAGCGAAGACAGAGAUUGAGAAGCUGAAGUUAUCGGAGAUGACGUGCAAGGAGCUAGUAAAGGAAGCUGCUCGCAUCAUCUACCUUGUACAUGACGAAUUGAAGGACAAGCAAUUCGAACUGGAGAUGAGCUGGGUCGGUGCGCACACGAACGGCAGGCACGAGCGUGUACCGGCUGAAAUAAAGGCCGACGCCGAGAACAAGGCGCGGCAGGCGAUAGCUGAGGACUCGGAUAGCGACACCGAGGAUAUGUAAAGCAUAUAAACACUGCCGUUAAAAUUCUUUGUACUUUAAGAGAUAAUUUAAAUAUACGGAUAUGUACUUGGUCAGACACAUCGCGAUUUCAUCAAUGAACAAAGCGAAUAAAGAAUAUCGCCUUUUGUUUAUAAAACACCGGAGUAUUACGUAUAUAUAUUCGCGCGUUAUUUGUCAGCCCGACAGGGUAUAUGAAAAUUACGAGGUAUAUAGUAAAAAUUCAACAAGUCUCUUUGUGAGUACACAAGCCACAACUUUUUUUUCAGCAAUGAAUUAAUUCAUUGUUCGAUAAAUAAUGAUACCUCCGUUUGUAGGAAAAAAUAAAUUUAUAUUUGCAUGGUACUGUAUAACAACGAAAAACAAAUCAAUUUAUUUGCGAAGCAGCGUAUCACGUUAUUGAUUUGUUGAACUUGGUAUGACGCGAAAUAUUCGCGAAUAUUUCGAAACGAUUCGCAAAGCUAUCUGUGGCGUUCAUCGGCAAACGGUAAUUUCGAUUCAG